AUGGUGGCGCUGCACGAGCUCGUCCUGGGCACCUGCUUCGACGACCUGGCGGUGGCCGUGCACCGCGCGGGUCCGACCGCCGGACGGGUGCCCCAGGGCCAGCUGGCGGCCUGCGUGGCCGACGGCACCGGAUACGCGCUGGUGCUGUACUCCGUGGACGGCGACGUCGGGGGCAUGGAGGAGGGCCAGGCGUACAGGAUAUCGGGGAGGGUCGGUUCAUGCGAUGGUCAGAUGCAGCUCCAGGUUGGGCGCUCCUGGGCUAAAGCGGAUGCUCAUGAGGCAUUGGUGACGAGCCUGGCUCGCAACCCGGCAACUGAUUCGUCCCUGGUAGAGCGCUGGUUUGGAGGUGCCUUGGUGAGGCCACAUCCCAACGGCGAUCUGGAGAUGCUUCUGAGGAGUGGCAUAGAUGAGCUGCCAGUUCCAGAAGUGCUGUCCAAGAAUCUGGAAACAGAGAAAGCUGCAGCUUCAAGGUCCAUUGUCGAAGGGCAGCAGCUGCCCCCUGGCUCCUUCGUGCUCCUGCCCACCCUGCCAGUGGCAAGGUAUGAGGCAGGAAGCACACCACGGAUUCACCAAGUGUAUGCCGCUAUGCAGACAAGCGCAGCCUUGCCAACAGCACAGCGUCCUUCAAGCACAUGGGUGUCAACAAAGGACCUGCACAGCAGCUGCCCUGCAGAUUGGGCUGGCAUGCUUUCCAGAUUGGCGGACGAUGUGGAGCGAGCAGCUCAAAGUGGACUUGUUGAUUUUGCGUGCACAUGGCAGGGGGACAGGUUUCCUUCCAGGGGGCUAGGGCUUCGCACACAGCCGGUUACACCUCUGCCCGUGACCCUGCUAAGCGGUUUUCUAGGGAGCGGCAAAACAACCCUGGUGAAGCACAUCUUACAGAAUAGAGACAAUCUGAAGGUUGCAGUGAUUGUGAAUGACAUCGCGGCAGUCAAUGUUGACAAGGAAAUACUGCAGAAUAGCAGCUUGAUACGGGCAGAUGAUCGUAUCAUUGAAAUGCAGAAUGGUUGCAUGUGCUGCUCUCUUCAAAACGAACUGCUGGAGGAAGUGGCAGGCCUAGCCAGGGAUGGCAGGUUUGACCACCUGGUGAUAGAGAGCACUGGUGUUGCCGAGCCCAUGCAGGUCGCUGAGACGUUCACUCUAAUCUGUGGAGUGGGACAAAAUCCCCUCAGAGACAUCGCAAAGCUGGACACAUGCGUUACAGUUGUGGAUGCCGCCAACAUGAUGUCGAAUUUCAGCAGCAUAGAAACUAUGGCAGAAAGGGAAGGAAAGGGUGGCAGCACAAACGAUGGGAAGAAUGUUGUGGGCCUCCUGGUGGAGCAGAUCGAGUUUGCCGAUGUUCUGCUGCUCAAUAAGGUGGACCUGGUGUCAUGGGAUGACCAGUGCAGGAUGAAUGGCUUGUUGCGGGCUUUGAACUCUGAUGCUGAAAUCAUUCCAACAUCAUUCUCGAAAGUCGAUUUGAAGAAGGUGGUUAACACAGGGAGGUUCAGCUUUGAGAAGGCCCAGUCAUCCGCAGGAUGGUUGAAAGCCAUCAAGGCAGGCGACCUUGAUCGUGGGACGCCGGCGACAAAAUACGGCGUCUCCAGCUUUGUGUACAGCUCCCGUCGCCCCUUUCACCCCCGCAGGCUGUACACACUCCUUUGCUCCAACUUUGUGCUGCAGCAACAAGGAGAGCCACCGCUGGAAGAGAACUUUGCAGAGGGCAAGGAUGAAAAGGGAUCACAUGGGGCACUUCCCAGCGACAGUGGCAUCUGGGCUCGCGCACCUGCAGCACGCACCAUGGGCAGCGAACCAGGCCAGGCCACUGCACAGCACACGGGCAGUGCACAAUUUCAGGAAGUGGCUGAUCGUGUUGCAGAGGCAGCACAGGCUGUGGUGCAGUUCCUGCAGAACUCGGGCGCAGUCAAUCCGCAGGCGGCUGUGGCUGCCUGUGCCGCCAAUGCGGCUGCCUCUACAGCUGCCCUUGCAGCCUCCGUGGUUUAUGACCUCGGCAUGAAUUCGAAGGGCGGGAAUGUUGGAGAUAAGAACCUGGGGGUGGCUGCAAGGGAAGCACCUCUCUGUGCUGUGCUAAGGUCGAAAGGGCUUGCAUGGUUGGCAACCAGGGGUGAUCUUUGUGCUGAGUGGAACCAAGCGGGGCAGAUCAUGCAAUUCUCGACAGGUGGUCCUUGGUACUGCAGCCUCCCCGAUGAUGCAUGGCCCAGUGAGCCAGAGGAGAUAGCUGCCAUUAAAGAGGAUUUCGUGGAUGGCAUCGGUGACCGCAGGCAGGAACUGGUGUUCAUUGGUAUUGACAUGAACAAAGCAGUGCUGAACAAGAUGUUGGAUGCUUGCCUGUGCACUGAUGAGGAGAUGAAGGCUGUGAAGACACUCGAUGAUCCCUUCAAUGUGUGGCCAUCCAUUGAGGAGUUGUUGGAUUAUGAUGAGGAAGAAGACGAAGAGAGUGAAAGCGACGACGGUGAAGGGGAAGACGACGAUGAUUCAGAAGAACAGUCCCAUGAAGAUGAAGAGCCCCAAGUGGGAAACGAUGGUGCUUUGGAUGAGUUGGCACAGAGCAGAGAGGCCAGCUCAACUGUUGAGAGAGAGGUUGCUACGCCUGAGAGAUGGAGACCUGGGAGUGUGAUGGAUGUGGAAGGAGGGGGUCGCGAUGCACAGAGGCUUCUCGAUGAAGCCACCACUGAUCUUGCCAUCAUUCAGUGGCAUGCUGAUUGGUACCAAGAUAGUGCAGCUGCAUCAAAACGAUUGGAUUGUUUCGCCACUGAGAACAGUGAUGUGUUGUUCAUGCGGAUAGACGUCACUUCAAACGAAGAUAACCGAGCACUUGCAAUGGAGAAGGUAACGAGGCGUAGUGACUCCAGGCGCAGAGGAGCGCACCCUGUGCUGAAGUCAGGAGAGCGUUUCCCCUGUGUAACGAUUCAUCAACCCCCUAGUUUGCAACCUGUGCGGGCUAUUUCAGGGGAAGGCUGCACAAGGGAUUUGGAACAGCUGUUGCACCAGCGCAAGCAAACGAUGCAGCCCAUGCAAUCCAGCCAUGCAACAGAAACAGAGGCGCAGCCACAUGCGGCACCGGAAAGUUCUGGCCCCGUUGCCGCAGUCUCUGCUGCUGCUGCAGCCGCCCCUGACAAGGAGGUCAUGAGCAGAGACCCCCCCCUUUCAGGGGACGACGUUGGACCUCAGAGGCUGCCCCCUCGCGAUCCCAACACGGGCACAUCGCAAGUGUCACUUGCAAUCCCAGAGACACCGCGACAGGCGCCCCGCAUCCUGGAACUGGACCAGGGCGGCUACUCAGGCCAAGGGACACCUCGCACGGAGGAUGAGAGCUCACUUUCGAGCCCCGCCGUUGGCACACCGCAGGCAGUGCUGGCAGUGCCGGAGACGCCGCGCCUGCCCCUCCGUGUGGGGGAGCUGACACAGGGUGCUUCAGAACUGAAGAGAAUGCUGGAGGGCGCAAAGGAGCACAGCCAGAGCCUCAUCGUCUUGUGGUCUUUGGGCAGACCUGAUGGCCAUGCAGAGGUCAUGCAGGCAAUGGAAUCCCUCGCAGAGUUGCAUGCAGAUGUGCUGUUUGCCACGGCAGACCCCUCCACAUCAGGGCCAAACCAGUUGCUGGCUGAUAGCCUCCAGAUUAAAUCCCCCCUGACAGCCCACUGUUAUCGUGAGUUCCAGCUGGUACGACACGUGGAGGAUGUGGAUCCUCCCAAGAUGGAGAAGUUGGUGGACAGAGUGCGAAGCCAACACGAUGCAGCACAAGAUUCUCUACGGACGGGCUCAGAUGUCCAAGCCAUGCCUCCAGCGGAGUCGACAUCUGUGUGGGACCCUCCCACUGGCAAGCAGGCCAAGAGCGGGGUCAGCAGGAAGUUUGACAAGAAGGGCGUGGCCACGUUCUGGCCAAAGAUGCCUUGUUUGAAGUGUGGAUGUCCCUGGUGGCUUGGCACUGCAUGA